AUGAAACUCUCAUGCAUGAUGGAUAUCGACCGUAACUUCUCUUUCGGUGCUUUCUGUGCUCCCUCGGCAAUUCUUCCGUCCUGCAAUUUAUUGCAUAUAUACCGUAGAGAUAUAACUCAAUUUCUGAAAGAAGUUAUAUCUGGGAAUACAAACACUGUAAUACUUUGUACGCCAAUCACGUCACUCAGUGUUGCUGUUUCAGCUGUACCGUCAAAACCUGACAUGGAUGAGUCAAUUUAUACCUUAGGGAAUCAGCUCAACUACUUGCAUCUCUAA